CUAAUGCUUCUAGUAGUAGUAGUUCUUGCACCACCACCAGUACUAAUCCUACUACUACUAGUGCAACCACCACCAGGUGCACAUCAACAAGUACUAUGAAGAAAUGGAUUGCCUCCUCCUCUCCCUUCUUUUCCAGCCCGUUAGUAGUAGUACUACUACUAGUAUUUCACCUACUAGAGAUCAGCCGCGAGAGAUAGAGCAGUGGUCCAGCCCAAAUUGUGGUAGCCGAUUGCAUAUGCUGAGGAAUGUGUUUUUCCAAUUCUUGCAUCGAUUGCAGAACUCAUCCAAAAAGGAACUCGGCGGCAAUGGGGCCAGCCAUGUCCAAUAUCGUGAACAUUGCCCUCCUGUCUGCCGGUCCACCCACGUGUCCCGUGUCCAAUAGCUCACGAAACAAAAAACACUCAUUGUCCGAGUCCCCGAAAAAGCGUUGGCACUUGUCCAAGGAGAUGCAGUCGUCCCUGUCGCCACAGACAACGAGAACGGGUGUUUUGCGGUGUGCUCGAAGCAGUUUCUGCUUUGCUUCGUCGGGUUCCAAUUCGAAUCCUCCGCCGUGGAGCCGGCGGAAAAAGUUUGUAAAGAAACUCCGAUCGUGCGGUGCGUAGGUGAGCUCGCGCUGCCGGUGGACCCCGGCAAGCACCACGUACGGCAGCUUGGUCGGAUAGAAACCACCGGCGGAGGUCGUGAAGAAUUCUUUGCAUUCCGGCAGGGUUUCCCAACCGUGAACCUUCCUGGGAUCUUUAGUCGAGAGAGCGUUAAAGUCGUCGUCCAUCGUGUUCUCCAGUGCGGGCGCGAGCAAUACGGCGCUUCGAUACGUGCCGGGAGAUUUCUGGGCCAGCAUCUGGAAGCAUAUCGCCCCGCCCAUGCUGUACCCGAACAGGUUCAACGGGAUUUUUGUCUCGCUUGUUUUUCCGAGUCCCACGGCUUCGACAAACGCAAGCGCAUAAUCCACGGUCUGCUGCGGCUUCGGAAAGGUCUUGCCGUCGAAAUUUUCGACGUUCUUUCCGUGCAACGGGAAUUCCAUGAUGCAGACCCGGGUUUCCGGUGAAAGAUUCAUCGCCGGGAUCAGCUGAGCCAUAAAGGUGGCUUCCGCCGUAAAUCCCGGUACAACAAGAAUGUCCUGGCAGGUCGAGUUCCCUCUGGAUCGAGAAGUCUUUCGCAAGUUGCGUUCCAGAUAGUGAGCCCGGACGACCUGGCCAUUGACUCGCAUUUCCACGGAUUUCGGAACCAUCCCAGCAUAUGCAACGAAAACCUUGAAAAAGAGCUGAUUGAUCAAGUGAGCGAUGUCAGCAAAAGCUACAGAUAGCGUUUGCUUGAAGAUGACAGCGCCUCCAACAACCACACAUGCGCCGAUUGCUGUCGCUCCCAUUGAAUGAUCCAUUAGUGCCAUCGUUUUGAAUUCCCAGCAAAAAAUUAGGUAAGUUCCC